GGCUUUAUUUAAUUUAUUCAUGAGAGUUCUUGAAUGCAUCCCUAGUCUAUUGUUUAUCAACAAAGGCAGUUUCCUGUCUCAGCAUAUAACUGCUGCUGGAACACAUGCAUAAUAAAUCCCUUAAGAACUAUAUGCAUUAUGAAUUCAGCGGUUUCAAGAGAGAUCAGGUCAAUUUUUACCCUAUAUGCCGGUGUCCUUGGUAAUGGGAUGAGUAUGGGAUAUUCAGCAAUAGCUAUACCUGAUAUAAAGCAGGAGUUACUACAUCAUGGCGCAAACUCCACCUCUCUGUUUGAUCCAAUUGAAACAUCGUCAGAGCAGCUUAAUUGGUUUGCAAGCUCUGUGAAUAUUGGCCAGCUUUUUGGUGCCUUGAUUGGAGGUUUCUUUGCCAGUGCAUUCGGACCUAGGAAAGCCAUUCUGAUUGCUACAGUCCCAAACAUCAUUGGAUGGUUGACGAUAGCUUUCUCUCCCAGCAUAUACUUCUUGAUAAUUGGAAGGAUUAUGGUUGGUGUAGGGUCCUGCAUGUUAUCUGCUAAUUGCAGUAUGCUGGUUUCCCAGUUUAGUUCAACUUCAAGACGAGGUAUAUUUCUAUCUCUAUUCACCCUGAUGGUAAGCUCAGGUGUUCUACUCGUCUACAUGUUUGGAGCUGUUCUAAACUGGAGAAUAGUUCCAGUAGUCCCAGUUUCAAUCCUUCUUUUUCAUAGUUGCAACCUAGUAUUUAUUCCUGAAUCUCCAGUUUGGUUACUGGGACACUCAGGUGUUAAGGAAGCUAGAGAAGCAUUACAGUGGCUGAGGGGAACUGAUGAUGUGGAGGUGGAGUUAGAUAAUCUCAGAAAAGUUCAAGAGAAGCAGGAGAGCGCUUUAUCUUUAUGUGAAGCAUUUCAAAACUUCACACAUCCCGAUGUUUACAAACCAGUUUUACUUGUGGUGACUAACUUUAUUCUGACGAUGAUGGCUGGACCUUUCGCUAUUGUUUUCUACGCAGUGGAAAUAUUUCAAGCUACUGGAGUUCAAGUUGAUAAAUACAUUGCAACAAUCAUCAUGGGAUUCAUCAGAGUCUUAGGUGGAGUAUUUGCCAUUUUUUUUAUCCAUAAAGUUCCAAGAGUGAUGUUAGCUGCAGUAAGUACUGCUGUUAUGGGUUUCUCCAUGGGACUACUGGGCUUUGCUAUGUUCUGCCAGCAUGUUAAAUAUGAAUUCCCCGGACUGACAAUAAUACCACUUGUGGCAAUUAUUCUUUAUACAUUUGGGUUUGGUGCAGGUUCUGGACCUCUUCAGUGGGUUUGGAUGGGUGAGCUUAUUCCUCCUGAGUAUAAAGUAUUUGCAGGAAUAUCUACGUCCAUUGCUACCGCAGCUGUUUUUAUGGUGACUCUGAUAUUUCCAACCUUAUCGUCUUACAUCCAUCCUCACGGAACCUACUGGCUCUUCUCUGCUGUCUGCUUCCUUACAUGUGGAUUUUAUUUAAUCCUUAUGCCGGAAACUAAAGGAUUGUCUAUACUGCAGAUCAGAGAGCUCUUCAAAAAGAAAGAAAAUCUAAAGGCGGAUGAAUCUCUUAAAAAGUAAAAGAGUUUUUCCAAACAUGUGGUGACCAUUUAAGAUAUUUAAGAUAUCUUUAAAAAAUUGUAAACUUUGAAUAAAUUGGAUUAGGAAAAUUUAA